GUGCCGGUCUCUGUGCGCGCAGCACGCACGUGAGCGAACUCGAGGAAAAGUUGAAAGAAAGCCUCUGAAAUCAGACUAAAGCUUAAUCCGUUUUUUUUAAUUUUUUUUUUUUUUUUACUAUUAGACAUUCUUUGAAAGAAAGUGACACAGACAGACAGAAAGAUAAAAAGCCAAGCGAGAGAGGGAGUGUGAAAGAGGGAGGGAGGGAGAGGAGGGGUUAUCCUGUUUCUGCGUCUUUGCCCGGCAGUGCCCUGCACUCUGACGAAGCCUCAACACAGUGCUGGACGGGGAAUAACCCAAAAAGACUUUUUCUACUAUCUCCAAAUUGAAAAGUUCUCGGGCGCAGAACAGCUGUUGAAAACGACGCCGAGGUGUUUGGGUUUUCCCUCCCUCUCAGAUCCUUGGUGGAGCGCAAACGGAGGAGUUACCAAAGUCCACGACACGCUCCAGCGAUGGUGACUUUACGCACGGGAUUUGACGGCUGUUUGAACUGACUACUGUGCGCGCUGUCGUCCGCCCGUUAACACUCUCCAACUUUACAAGAAGUGCGCGGUGAACACUGAAGAAGUGAAAGCAGGUUCAUGAAUUGUAAAGAUUUUCACAAGUGAGAAGAGGGUGUCGGAGCUGAAGUCUCCUAUUUCUAAUGAUGUCUUCCAUGCGAGCAACUCCUCCCUUUCGCCCCCCGUCUGAGGAGGCAGAAGCGAUGGGUCAGGACAACGCAGUCUGGGCAGAUGAGGGGCCAGAGGGCCCAAAGGAGACGGGGUCCCCCUUGCUACAAGAUCAGUCUCACUCAGAUGAAUUUCAGCCUGUCACAGAAAAGCGGAUGGAUGCUGACUGGGAAAAUGUCGCCCCUGCUGCGAUGGACAGUGAAAGCAACAAGGGCUGCUCCGUCUACUCCCAUCGAAAUAACUCGACGUCUCCAACCAAGCUGGAGGAGAGCUCACGGGAUCGGGGAGAGCCGAUGACCGGCUUUGCCUUCGGGACGCCAGAGCGCCGCAAAGGAAGCCUGGCAGACGUGGUGGACACCCUGAAACAGAAGAAGCUUGUGGAGCUGACAAAGACAGAACAAGACGAAACAUCUUGCAUGGAGAGGCUCCUCUCUAAGGACUGGAAGGAGCGAGUUGACCGCCUGAAUGCCAAUGAACUGCUGGGAGAAGUUAAAGGCACGCCAGAGUCACUGGAAGAAAAAGAGCGGCAACUUUCCACGAUGAUUGGUCAGCUGAUCAACCUUAGAGAGCAGCUUCUCUCCGCCCACGAUGAGCAGAAAAAGAUGGCCGCUUCACAGCUGGAGAAGCAGAGGCAACAGAUGGAGUUGGCGAGGCAGCAGCAGGAUCAGAUUGCCAGACAACAACAGCAGCUCUUGCAGCAGCAGCACAAGAUAAAUAUUCUCCAGCAACAGAUCCAGGUCCAGGGUCACAUGCCUCCUCUCAUGAUCCCAGUGUUUCCACACGACCAGCGGUCUCUGGCUGCCGCCGCCGCCGCGCAGCAAGGCUUCCUCUUCCCACCCGGCAUGUCCUACAAGCCAGGUGAGAAUUACCCAAUGCAGUUCAUUCCGUCGGCAAUGGCAGCGGCGGCAGCUUCUGGACUCAGCCCUUUGCAGCUACAGCAGCUGUAUGCCGCACAGCUGGCAAGCAUGCAGAUCUCACCAGGGGCCAAAAUGGCUCCCCUCCCACAGGCUCCCAACUCCUCCAGUCCUCUUUCUCCUUCCACCCUAAAGAGCGAGAAGCAAGCAGCUAGUCCAGUUGCUCAGAUUAAGGAGGAAGGAUCCACACAGCCGCUGAACCUCUCAGCCAGACCUAAAACAGCCGAGCCUCUUCGCUCCCCGACGUCCCCCACACAGAGUCUGCUUUCUGGAAGCAAGACCAGCCCCACCGGCAUUGGCAAAGGUCGCAUCCCAAGCCCAAUCCCCAACAUGAGCAGGAACAGCUCCCUGGACAUCUUGUCCAGCCUCAACUCUACAGCGCUUUUUGGGGACCAGGAUGCAGUGCUGAAGGCCAUUCAGGAGGCCAGGAGCAUGAGGGAGCAGAUCCAGAGAGAGCAGCUUCACCAUCAGCAGCACCCGCAGCAGCCGGGACACCAGAGCCUUGAGGCAAAACUCACUGCACUCAGCGGCAUGAGCCUCAAUAAUGGCAACAAGGAGCGACUACACUAUGAGACACUGAGCCAGCACCUAGGGAAGCUGGGGGAGGAUGCUGGGAAGAUGGUCCAUCGUGUCAUUGACCUGACGAGACCAGAAGAUCUGGAUGGGAGUAGCAUCACAGAAGCGCGUGUAUUCAGGGAGGCACGGGGCAGGAACAGCAGUGAGCCCCAUAUCAAGAGGCCAAUGAACGCCUUCAUGGUUUGGGCCAAAGAUGAGAGGAGGAAGAUCCUGCAGACCUUCCCCGACAUGCACAACUCAAACAUCAGCAAGAUCCUUGGUUCUCGCUGGAAAGCCAUGUCCAAUCAGGAGAAGCAGCCUUACUACGAGGAGCAAGCCCGCUUAAGCAAGAUCCACUUGGAAAAGUAUCCCAACUACAAGUACAAGCCCCGGCCGAAGAGAACCUGCAUCAUCGACGGCAAGAAGCUGCGCAUAGGGGAGUACAAGCAGAUGAUGCGGUCUCGACGUCAGGAGAUGAGGCAGUUUUUCGUGGGGCCUCAGCCACCAAUUUCUCUGGGAAACAGCACGGGAGGUGUAGGAGUUUACCCGGGCGCCAUAACCAUGGCAACAACAGCCACGCGGUCACCACACUUGACCUCAGACUGCUCAAGCAACUCAGUGAGCCCAGAACCAACUGUCCCCGUCAUUCAGAGCACGUUUAAGGUGAAGUCUGAGCCCGGUGGGGGAGGGGGCAGCAACGGUGGAGGGGUUGGCCCCUUGGAUCUGCCCGGUGACCCCGCCAACGGAGACGAUGACAUGGACAUGUACGAGGACUUCGAGGAUGACCCCAAGUCAGACUAUAGCAGCGACCACGAGACACAGGAGGCCGUUGGUGCCAACUGAGCAUGCUCAGAGUUUUAGCUGUUAAAAAACAAAACAAAAAAAGAAUCCAACAAGUCCUAUUCUACCCAAAGGACACAUCUUUUCAGGACAGUUCCUUGAGGAGACCUUCAGGCAUGCUUUCAGGACAUCUGACUCCACGCACAGAGUAUGCCCAGAAGGAAUAUAAACUCUACAGACAUGCUCAUGAAAUACUGAAUGCAGUUUGGAUGGACCCAGAGUGGGAGACCAGGGCCACUGGGGGAAAAUGUGGCCCAAAAAAGUGUCAAAUGAACAAUCCUCUGAUUAAGUUGACAACGAGCUUCAGUUUCCUACACUUCGACAAUCUUAAAUGGGAGCGAGGUAGAGAUAGAAAAAGGAACGAGAACAUGACGAAGAACAAAUGAGCGACAGACAUGUUGCUGUGUGGUUUGGAAAAAAAGAGCAUGCGUUGGGGUUUGAAGCAUUAGAAAUUGGUCUUUGACAGCUAUUUGGUCUUAAGUGUUUAAGAAGUGCUUUAGUUUCAUUAUUUAGAGUUUACCUUUUCCCCUCCAUGUUUUCUGCUCUCUGACAGGUCACUGCCUGUAAAAUCUCUGGACUGUCAAACUUGAAAUCGGAAAAGUUUUUAAUAUAAAUCUUAGGUCUUGUAAUCUUAUAGUCUUACUUUUUACCUAUAAAUUGAAUGCCAGACUCUCUUUUCUCUGCAAACUGCUUGCAUCUCAUUACAGUUCUCUUUUUCUUAUAUCCCAGCUCAGGUAUUAAUUGCAAAGUAAAGGGAAGACAAUCCCCUAUUAUUAUUAUUAUUAUUGUUAUUAUGAUUAUUAUUAUUAUAAGUCAGGAAUGACCCAGACUCUGUACAGAUUUUCCUCAAAUGUGCCAAACAUUCACAUCUAUUUGGGAUGUCGUAGUCUUAAUUUCUAUUGCUGCAGAAAAGUCUUACAACUUUUUCUAUCUGACAGAUACCGUCUUCAGUAAACGCUGGCUCCCCCUGACAUCAAAUCACAGGCGGAGCUCAGAAAAAAUACGUCUUCAUUACACUCAGUCCAACAAAACACACGUGGCGCGUCUCUCUUCUGCAGCCCUUUAACUCCGACAGGUAUGAAGCAAAGCGCCAUAGAAAGCACCAGUUUUUUUUUCCCCUCGCCAUUGCAUCGGUGCUCUUGUAACCACAUCGCCCUUAGAUCCCUAGAGCCAAGUGCUUUUAUGUAGUAGGUGCAGUCCAAUACCAUCAUCUCUCCUUUUUCAGCUGAACUCGUACCUUAACCUCCUUUCUUUUGGCAUUGAAGGACAGUGAAACAGGAAGAUUUUCACAUCCCUCCCCAAAAAAAAGUUAAAAAUGUCUUUUACUUUUAGCUUGUUUACUUUGAAAGUGUCAAACUUGUGUUUUAGAAAAUAGUUGGAAAAAGCCACAGAAAUUGGAAUUCAUAUGGCGGCAGCAGCUUUAGAAAGGUUCUCUUACCUGUGACUUUUAAGAGAGCAAACAAUAAAACAUAGAAUGGAGGGAGAAAAGUAGAGUUCCAGUCAGCGUUACUCGGCACAAGCAUGCUUCUCCUUUUUUCUCUUUUCGUCAAACGUGACUUUUUUUUCUCUGUAAGCAUAUUUUCCACACUUUUCUACAAUUCCUAACACGUUUCAACUUUUCUGGGAGCCCUAUUUAGUUGCUUCACCAGUCCUCCGAAUAUCUGUUCAUGCAAUUCCUACUUGGAAAAAGCGCCACAAGUUGGGACUGAACAAUGCUUUUUGGUCACAUUACAGGAAACUGUAAUCCUCAUGCAUUUCUUCUUUUUUUUUUUUUUUUGUUACACAUCCUAAGCACUUGAUGUAAAUUUUAAUUUUUCUUUUUUUUUUUUUCUUAGUGUUGACUAAUGUGAAGUUGUUUGAUUUAAGACACAAUAGUCAGUGAUGGGUCAGACGUGUUUGGAGCCUUCUUCAUGCCAGGCUCCAGUAAAUUGCCAUUUCUUUAGAAGUAUUUCUUUAAUUUAAGCAGAUUAGUGUCCACAGCUCCUAGUGCCGCCUAAAAGGGUCACAUGCCCUCUGACCUCUUUGAUAAGGUUACCUCAUGCUCUUGUCGGUCGUGGCCUGCAGAGGCAGAACAGAUUUCACGGUCACACACAUUUUGGUGAUGAAUAUUGUAUUUGAAAUUCAAUUGUGCAUUUUAACAUUUCAUUGUAUUUAUUAGCCAGCUUUGGCUCUAAAACGUGUCAGUACAUCUUGGUGAGAAUGACAAUCCAGAAAUAUAUAUAAUAAAAAAAAAGUAAAGACUUGA